AUGAUUCGCCGCCGUCGUUACAAUCGGCGUAUCGUUACGACAGCCAUAUUAUUGCUUGGCACAAUGCCGGAGCAUUGGUGCUGGUUACAGGAUGCAGUAAUGAUCUCCGUGCAGAGAACUCGUUGUCCCGACGGGAUCAUCGAUGCAACGCUACUGUGCUGUUCCAUCGGCUCCUCCCUCGAUGAUGGAGACAAUCGGGAUAUCGCUUCUCUCAAAGACUGGGCUCUUGAAAACGGGAUCCAGCUCAACGGUGUCGAGCUGGUUCGAGAGAUGGACAACGGGGAGUGGGGAGUGAAGCUGGCUACAAACCCUCUUGUGGGAUCCGGCAACGGCAAGGAACCCGUCAUGACAAUCCCAAACCAAGUGAUCCUUUCUUCCGAAAUGCUACCCAAACCGGAACUCAGGAGCUUGGCCUACCAUUCCCUGGUGGCGCAUAAGAUGGAACAGUAUCUGCCUGAAUUUAGUCUUUUCCUAGUCCUACUCCAGGAAGUUGAAAAGGAAGAUCAUAGCUUUUGGUACGCUUGGUUGUCCUCCUUGCCGAGGUCGUUUGACAUUGGCGUUUGCUUUGACGAGCUGGAAACUGCGUACGCGAGAAAGCUCGGGAUGGGGAACUAUCUUGACCACCAGCAUGGUCAGUGGCAGGCCUUCGAGGCGAGUCUCCGAGAUAUCUUUCCUGGUCAUGCUCAGGAUGCGCACAAAGUCAAGUGGGCUUUUUCGGUCGUUUUGACGAGGAGCUGGAGGGCGGGAUUUCGAAAUGCCAAACAAGAAAAUCGACCAAUUGCCAACUUGGUUCCCAUGGGAGACAUGUUCAAUCAUCGAGCUUCUGCCACCGUUUCUGUGAAGCAAGACGCCGAUGAUUGUCCCGUCACUGUUCAUCUCAAACAGCAAUCAUUGGUCGACGACACAACGUCUGUCGAAGAAGAAAUGGAAUCUGUGGACAAUGGUCUCUACUUGAAUUAUGGGUUUUCCGAGAACCCCGAGAGGUUCUUGAUCGUUUUUGGAUUUGCCGAUACAUCGUCUCCUCGUAUUUGCGCUACCAGCAUUCGAGACUUGUUCGUUGGGGGAGACCACGAUGAAAAUGGGCUAAUCAGUUGGAGAUCCAUGGGUUUUCAAGACUCUUCAAAGUUGGUUUUGUACUGUCAAGACGGAGGGAUAUCCAACACGCUUUGGAACGCGGUCUUGUUCCAAGUGAUCCAAUCCAACCUUCGGAAUCAUCCAGACAAUUUGCAGUACCAAUGUGAUUGGAAGAUCUUCCACACGACUUGUACAAACCUUGAGAUUCUGGACACCCUCUCGAAUGACGAUUUUCUUGGUCUUCACCAGAAAUACCGGCAAGAGGUUGUGGAUUUUCUGCGGCGUCAUGUAGAGGAUUUGCUGACGAAUCAGUUUGGUCCUCUCCCCGACUUUUCUGGUGAAGAUUUGCUUGCACACCCUCGCCUAGCAAUGCUGUUGGAUUACCACCUGUUCAUGCGAAGCGUGUAUCAAAAAGUGCAUCAUGGUUUGCUGUCCGAUUCGUAA